AUGACGGUCGCACUUGCGAGCCGAGUGACCAUUGCAGGUGCUGCUGGUGGUGUAGGUCAAGCGUUGGCUAUGUUCGUUAAAACGAAUACUCGCGUGAGUGAUCUUGGUCUAUACGAUUUAGAGGAUACUAAGGGGUUAGCUGCGGAUUUGUCACAUAUAGACACUUAUUCAGCUGUCCAUACCUUUGCUGGGAAAGAUCAGUUGCGAAAAAGUCUAAUGUGCUCCAAAAUAUUGGUCAUUGCAGCGGGUGCUGUCCGUACAGACAUUAAAGCAAGUCGGGAUUCUUUAUUCGAAAAAAACGUGGGCAUAGUUGGUGAGAUUGUUAUGGAGGCCGCUGAAGUAUGCCCGGACGCUAUGUUUGUUAUUAUAACCAAUCCUGUCAAUUCGUUCGUACCGUUAACUGCAGAGAUAUUAAAAAGUAAAAAUGUCUACGAUCCGAAACGUUUAUUCGGAAUGAGUUUUCUGGACUCAGUGAGGGCUAGUGUUUUUGUGGGCGACGCCCUUAUGAGAAAUCCCCAAAAGACUAAAAUACCAGUAAUAGGAGGUCAUUCCCGAAGUACUAUAGUCCCGGUAUUAUCGGGUAUAGAACCUCCUCUUGAUAUGGAAGAGGAACUUAAAAAGGAGAUUUACAAUCGUAUUGUGAAAGGAGGCGAAGCUGUGCUUGAAGCCAAAAAAGGCAAGGGAACUUGUCAACUUGCCGUAGCAUAUGCAGCCAAAAUGCUUUGCGAUGCUCUCCUGGCGGGCUUGGAAAAUGCUCCCGCUAGCGGAACUGCACUGGUACCCUCAGAACUGACAAAAUCACCAUACUUCUCAUCAUCAUUUGAAUUGAAUGCAAAAGGCAUUAAAAAGUUGCUCAAGCUUCCGGAAUUAGAUGCAGACGAGAAACUGUAUUUAGAACAGUGUAUGAGAACUUUAGAUAAGGAAAUUCAGAAAGGUGUUGAGCAAGCAAAGAAAAUAAUUGAUGCAGAAGCCAAAAAGCCAAAAAAGGAAAGUGGAAAGGAAGAUUGUAAUUAG